AUGUUGUCGUUACCCAAUCAUCAACCAUUGACGGAUUCUCUAGUCGAUGCUUCUAAGGAGCUACAUAUCAAAAACAUGGGAAGUAAUCAGGUUUCAGAACUCGGUGUAAGGACGCGUCCGUUGACAACCAGCGAAUUGUUGGAAGAAAUUGAAAACAUCGAAAAUUCCGAAGAUCUUCCCGAUGGAAUUAUUAUUACUCCACCAGACGAUUUUUCCGACAACACGGACUGCGACUCUGGAGACGAAGAUUCCAAUGAUCCGGACCACUUGAACAGCAAUCAGCUUUCUGCUCAAGCUGAAUAUUACUUCAUGGACAAUGAAAGGAGAUCACAAAAUGAAACAGUGAUUGAGGGGGUUGCUGGUAUUGAGUGGGAUGAAGAAGACAAUUUGCCGCUCGCAUAUUUUGCAAGUCACUCUGAAUAUGAAAAAUGUAAGUGGAUGAAAGGCGACCUACAGAGUGAUAAUACGGAAACAGUUUCAAAUUUUCCACCUCCACUUACACUGACAUCGGAGAGUCCGCCUCUCCAAUUUUUUCUACUAUUUUUGUCACCCGAUAUUCUAACAGAUCUUGUAAAACACAGCGUUACAUAUGCUUCUAAAAAGAACAAGCUGAACUUUGAACUUUGUUUGGACGAAAUGUAUGUUUUUGUUGGAAUUUUAGUUUUGUCUGGAUACGUUCCUCUACCGAGAAGACGGAUGUAUUGGGAAGAAAGUGAGGAUGUUCAUAAUGAACUAGUCGUCAAAUCAAUGCGUCGAAAUUGA